CUUUGACAAUUAAUGUUUAAAACAAGAGUCUCGAAAAGGCGUUGUUGAAACAAGCUGGUUUGUAAUUUAAAGAAAUGCCUUUUAGCUAUCAAAUAAUUGUACCUAAUAUUUUUAAGAGCUCACUCAAGAUGAGUAAGUGGCGAGCAGACCAUACCUUAAAUCUACAGAAUAUCUUUCUUCGAUCUGUAAAUUUUCAGGUUGGGGAAAAGGCCGAGCUUACGAGAGCUUUUACACAGAGUGAUGUACUCAGCUUUUCGGAAUUAACAGGUGACACCAACCCAGUACAUUUGAGUGAAGAAUAUGCCAAAGCCAGCAAGUUUGGAAAGCCAAUUGUGCAUGGUCUUCUUGUUAAUGGAUUAUUGUCUGCUCUUCUGGGGACCAGAAUGCCUGGGUGCAUUUUUCUGUCCCAGGAGAUCCGUUUUCUAGCACCUUUAUAUAUAGGUGAACCAGUCUCAGCAAUUGCAGAAAUAAUUAAAGUGAAAAGAUCCAUUGCCUGGAUUGCGGUUUCAUGUAUCGUAAAAGAAUCUGAGAAGGUUGUAAUGAAAGGCGAAGUCAAGAUCAUGUUGCCAGGUGUUGGAGAUCAAAAUGUAUGACCGUAUUUGUAAUUUGUAUAAUGGAAACUGAAAGAGAGUUCUCUGUUUUUCACAAGAUAUUUUGAGUGGAUAUUGAUUUUUUUACUUUGCUGUGACAAAAAAAUGCCAAGAAAUUGCUUGCAUCAUUUGAAAAUAAAUGUAUUUUCU